AUGGCCCGCCUUCUCUCCGUGUGCCUCUUGGCCGUGGCUUUCGGCUGCCUCUUCGCCCCGGCUUUCAUCCCAGCCGCCCCGCGCAGCGACCGCCUUUCUGCAGCGGCAGGCGCUGCCGUCCUGGCGACUGUGCCGGCUGGAGCUGAGGCCUUCGUUUACAAGGGCAAGGAGUACUUCGACGUCUUCUACGGCAUCGACCCCUUGGCCUGGGCCUUUUGCGGCUUCAGCAUCGUGUACUUCGGCGCGGUCUUGAAGAACGCAGCCCAGAAGUACAACAUCUCCCCGGACAAGACGCCACCAAAGGUCGGUGGCUUCGUGGGCAAGGAGGUCGAGAACGGGGAGCCCAGCUACAUGGACCCAUCCAUCAAGCAGGGCCCCUACUAG